GCCACAACGCCGAUGACAUCGCCGAGACCGUCAUCAUGAACUUCCUGCGCGGGGACGUGGCGCGGCUGCGGCGCGCGGCCGCCGACGGCGACGGCGUCGCCAGGGCCACCCACGGGGACACCCGCGGGGACACCCCUGGGGACACCCCUGGGGACACCCGCGGGGACACCAAGGCCACCAACAGGGCCCCUGCGGCGCCCGAGAGCCCCAUGGAAGCCACGGAGGCCACCAGGAGCCCCCCAGAUGCCUCCAGAGACCCCAUGGAGACCACCAAGAGCCCUAUGGAGACCACCAAGAGCCCCUCAGAUGCCUCCAGCAACCCCAUGGAGACCACCAGGAGCUCCAUGGAGACCACCAGGAGCUCCAUAGAGGCCAUGAAGACCACCAAGAGCUCCACAGAGACCACCAGAAACCCCAUGGUGACCACCAAGAGCCCCAUGGAGACCACCAAGAGCCCCUCAGAUGCCUCCAGCAACCCCAUGGAGCCCACCAGGAGCCCCAUAGAGGCCACCAGCAGCUCCAUAGAGGCCAUGGAGGCCACCAAGAGCUCCACAGAGACCACCAAGAGCCCAACAGAGGCUGCGGAGACCACCACAAGCCCCAUGGAGACCACCAGGAGCUCCACAGAGACCACCAGAAACCCCAUGGAGACUACCAAGAGCCCCAUAGAGGGCACCAGGAACCCCAUAGAAGCCAUGGAGACCACCAAGAGCCUCUCAGAUGCCUCCAGCAACCCCAUGGAGACCACCAGGAGCUCCAUGAAGACCACCAAGAGCUCCACAGAGACCACCAGAAACCCCAUGGUGACCACCAAGAGCCCCAUGGAGACCACCAAGAGCCCUACAGAGACCACCAGAAGCCCUCUAGAUGCCUCCAGAAGCCCCCCAGAUGCCUCCAGCAACCCCACGGAGCCCCCCAGGAGCCCCAUAGGACCCACCACGAGCCCCACAAAGGAGAUCGUGCUGUACGCGCGCUUCGCGGGGCUGGAGUACGUGAGCGCCGAGUGCGCGUACGCGGCGGGCGCGCAGCGCGGCCUCGCCCGCCGCCUCCUCAAGGCGCUGGAGCCCCGUUUCUGGCCGUUUUCGCCCCAGAUUUUCUCCAUCUGCGCCUUCGCGCCGUGCGGCGGCUUCGGCGGCUCCGUCUCCUUCCUCGUGAGCUGCGCCGGGGAGCCCAACCGGACGGUGACGGCCGCCUUCGAGUACCCGUUCCGGCUGAACCGCGCGGCCUUCGCGCCCUCGCUGCGGGGCCUCUGCAACGGCUCCGUGUGGACCUCCGACGUGCACCUCGUGGGCGACUUCUCCUCGGGCGCCCAGUUCUUCGUGGCCGUCGCCGUCCUCGCCUUCCUCUACAGCCUGGCCGCCCUCGGCCUCUACGUGGCCUUCCUGCCCCUCUACCGCGGCGGGCGGAGGCUGCCCAUGGCCGCCUUCGGCUUCCUCAACCUCCUCCUCUGGCUCGGCAGCUCCUGGUUCGUCUACAAGGAGACCCAUCUGCACCGCCCGCCGCCCGCGCCCGCGCCGGCGCCCAUGUGA